AGAAGGUAUUUGUAGAUUUGGAUGUUCUUUAAGUUGACGCAGUCAAAGACCAAAGAGCAAAGGGGUGUGACUAUGCUAACAAAGUAAAUGUAUCAAGAGUUAAAGAAAAAAAGAAUUGAAGAAAGAUCCUGGGUGACCAUUGGCAAGACGUGGUUGAGGUGACUCAAGUUAAUGGAAAAUAACGGUCAUAAAUUUAUGAUUGGGAAGAUCAGCUGGCUAAAUAUUUUUGGAAUUUGUCCCUGACUCUCCAAAGCCUCGGUUUCCAAAGCACUUGGACGAAAAUUGAAAACAGAAUGAACCCAAUAAUCACCAUUUGCCUCGGUGCCUUGUUAAGCAUCCUGAAGAUCGAUGGAUUUAAAAUGUGCCCCCACCGUUGCUCCUGCUACGAUUUCUCCCACUUCGUGGACUGUAAAAGGCGGUCGCUGACUGCUAUCCCGAGGGAUAUCCCUCAUGGCAUUUGGAUGCUGGAUAUCAGGUACAACAACCUGAUGGAACUCCCCGACGGUUCCUUCCGCGGCCAGUGGUCCACGCGGAUUGUCCUGCUGGCUGGCAAUGGGAUCCAACACAUCCAGUCAGAAGCAUUUGAGUCCUUGAAUUUUCUGGAAAUCUUGGAUCUGGAUCAAAAUCGGAUAAAGUAUCUACCGGGCUAUUUUUCUGACAGUCUGGAGCACUUGAUAGAGCUGAGGUUGUCCAAUAACCUAAUUGAAUACAUGCACGGGAACAGCAUGCGGAAUCUAGAACACCUGCAGAAGUUGGACCUGAGUGGCAACUGGAUCACGGCGAUGGAAACGGGGGUUUUCCGAGGUCUGUCCAAACUGCGAACCCUGUUGCUGAAUAACAACAGGUUGGUUGUCAUUGAGGAUGGUUACUUCCUCAUCCUCCAGAGCCUGGAAGCUCUCCACUUGGAGAAUAAUACCAUUUCGACCAUUAAGGGAGAAGCCUUUAGUUCUCUGCGGAGCUUAAACCUCCUGUGUUUGAACGGGAACCGCUUGAGUCGCAUCAAGUUCAAAACGUUUCUGAACAUCCAGACCCAGGGCACUCACCUGCAGCUCGCUGACAAUCGCUGGGUGUGCGACUGUGAUCUUCAGAGAGUCUUCGUGAAGUUCUUCAGCGUCCGCCACCUACACGUGGACGAUUACAGCAACAUCACUUGCUCGGAGCCCGGACAUCUCCAGGGUCAGUCGAUGUUGGCCGUGGGUUCCCAGCUGUGUGUGGCCGAGACUGCCACCGUGCUGGUGAUCACAGGCACCGUGCUAGUCACCGUGAUCGCCGCCAUCGUCAUGGCCGAGAGGAACCGAAAUAAAACCAGGAACAAGAGCUGGAACGACAACGAUGGACCCUCCGACCCGCAGGAGAAGUGAUGCUUGCCCGAGGUACCGGCCAAGUCGUUGCACCGGCCACCACAGAGCAU